UAUACACCGCAUUCUGUAAACUUAAUUCUGAUCAUGAAAUGUUCAAGUCCAUUGUUCGUGGGUUCGCAUCACUGCACUCGUGGAUUCAACGAAUUGAAAGGUCCCAUCCUAGGCUGUUUCGCAAAUCCCAACAAACAACAAACAAUAAGGACUUGAAAGAAAGAAAAGCUGAAACCUGAGGACCUCAUCAAAAAGAAAUGUUCCGGGUGGCUUCGGUUUCAGCCAAACUCGGCCGCGCCUUUUCAACGACUUCUAGCCAUUUUCCGACGAAAGAAAGCAUGGUGGUUGCUUUUGGAUAGACCGGGGAUUAACAAUAUCUCACCACCAAACCAAGAGAGCAGCGCGUAUUGGAAACGUCGAAGAAAAUAUUUAGCAAGUUCCCGUGCUUCAGAACUUGCUACUCAGAUGUGGUUGUUUGGCUGUUAAUUUGUGGUCAGCGCAAGGAUCCAUUGGGAAAGGCUUUGCGUUACGCGCUGUGGUGCCUCUCUUGCUCUAAGCUUUGGGACUGCCUUCGAAGUUCCCAGCGCCUUGCGCGGCCCUAUCUAUUUUUAAGGGCUCGCCCGUCUCCAGCGACCAAAGUACAGGGAUCGGCCCUUGGCCCUCAGGUCUUCAGGAGACUGAUUGGCUGUGACGGCGCAUCCUCAGAAGGGACCUCAAACAUGUUUCCAUACACUUUGAUUGCUCAGAAGCUUUGGAUCUCUUCGAUAUUGAGUUUCUUGACGAUUGUUGAGUUGUUAGCGAUGCGGUAUGGAGCUCUAAGAACGGAAAAAAGAACUGUUCUAGACAAUAUGAUCGGCGUCAUGUUGUUCGCCAGGUGAACUCGACUCAGCGGGAGAUUUGUAUAUAAAAGCAGAUACGAUUGCCAUGUUCAAACUCGUUUUCUCUCGUUCAUAUCAAUCAAUCAGCAAACUGAAAAAAGUUGUCUGUUCCCUUUCUUUCUAUUUCACGAGUUUCCUAUUGCCUUCUGUUGCCUUUCGGGUUUCAUUUCAAACUCCUUUUUUGCCUUCGUUCCUCAGCCUUUUUAUUUUCUUUCUAAGAAGAAAAAAGAAGAAGUAAUAUUCUAUUCCAUUCCGAUUUCCCUCUUUGUUUCUCAAAUCCUUUCGCUAUAGGCUCUGGAAAAUCGUAGUUUCAUCAUCCGUUGCUACUAUUCAUAUUCAUAUUUCAUCGUUUCCCGGCGUCAUCUCCCUCCUUACGACAACACGCCGUACCUUAUAUCCGGAUACUUGUAGCUCUACACAACCGCGUUGGAGACGAAUAGCUUCGACAGCUCUCGCGAUCUUUAUCUUUUCUAGAUAUUUUUUCUUGCAAUAUUCUGUUUAAACGUCGGCGCCCUUAACAUAAGCAAGAUGGGCUCUUCUCACGAUGGCGCUCUUGGAAUCACGUUCAAGGUUGUCCGCGUCCUUCAGGUGGUCUGCUUAGUCUCCAUCAUCGGUAUGACAGCCAACUUCAUUUCAGACAUGGUUAAGGCCAGCAUUACUCCACCUCAAGUGCUUGUCGGCACACUCAGCGUGACAUGCAUUGCCACGCUGUACUGCGCAAUUACCUUCAUCCUCUAUCUGGACGGGAUCCUCCCUCUGCUCAUCUCUGCCGGGAUGGAUACCCUUCAUCUGAUUGCGGUGAUCGUGAUCGCAGUGGUUGUAGGGAAGCCACUCUCCUAUCUCAACUGCGAGUUGAUAGGCAAGGUUACCGAGUCCUCCGGUUUCGCUUUCACCACGGCCCUGCUGAAAAAUCUCGAUAAGGAUGGCGGUAAGCUAGGUUAUGCCCAGUGGGCCGGGGCUUCGAAGGCAUAUUGCCUUGAGAUGAAGUCCAUCUGGGGGCUUAGCAUAGCUCUUUGCAUCUUGUUUGCGUUGUCAGCGACAUGCAUGGUCUUCCUGUGGCGCCAGUCGCAGGAGCAUGAUCCCAAAGACAUCGAGAAAUGAAGCCUCUGGGGUUAAUAUGCGAUUGCGUUAGACAAACGCGGCGUACAUGAUCAGGAGACCGAUAAGGUGACUUUCAAAACUCGAUGCAUCUGUCUGCGGAGGAAGAGCAAUUAUUUUCAUUUCUCUUUUGUGACGGCGGUAAUUUUGAAGCGGGUUUUUCUUCUCCUUUUGGGAUUUCCUUUGUUGGUAGGUGGAAAUUUGCGUUUCUUGAUGCUUGCAUUGCUGGUCUCGUUUCUUCAUGAGAAAGAGCAGUUGUUGAAGUACCUAAGUACAACGAUGGAUAUAAUGAUGCAAGUUAGACAAAUGAGGAGGGCUGUCUGUU